AUGAAGAAGAGCCGCGCUGCGACGGCUACGUGCUCUCACAGAUAUAUGAGCGAACCGUUCGAAAGGGGGCGCUGUGACACCGAGAGCUCGACAGAAAGAGUCCCUGCGCUCCUGUGUAUCCUGUGUGUAGUUCUCGACCACAGCAGCAGGGAGGGACCUGAUCCAGGUUACACCAGUCCUCGGGGAUGUGAAGCUCUGAAGAGGGAUGCAUGCACCUCUGUUCCUUUUAAAUCAAUGGACAAGGACUUGCGGUACAUCUACACAUCAGAAGCUCAAGGUGGGUACAAGUUUUCCCCUCGUCUUAAACCACCACUGAGUUUGGCAGACCCUGUAAGCCAGUGCUCCACUUUAAAGAGAUACCAUAGCAUCCCUGAAAUUUGGCAGACUCUUGGACCUCACUGGAAUAGGCAUCAGAUUCGUGCAACAUAUGAUGUGAAGAAGCCCUUCAGUUUCACCAGCCCAUGUCCAAAAUCAGGACAAAUACCUUUAUAUAGUGGUGUGAUUGGCUCUGAGAACAUGGACAAUAUCGACAUCCCAGAGAAAGACUUCAUUCCAUUGACAGUCCUGCGUACCAUCAUUCCUCCUGACACUCCCACAGCCCACCGUCCCACUAUGCCUGGUUACACUGGAAAAUCUCCACACGACAGACCAAAGACCUUACUCACCAGCCAGCCUUCAUCGAUCCUCACUUAUCAGCCUACAGGGAGCCGUUCAUCGUUCUACGGUCGGCAGGCCCCUCUGUCCAGCAUGGUCACCACUGCCCCACCGUGCAAUCCUUUUUUUCACCCUAAAGCUCCUUCACCUACUACUCCCAUUUACUGA